AAUAAUUGUUUAAAAAUUGUUUAAGUAAUAAUAAUAAUAAUACUAAUAACGUACGCACGUGACAUUCCAAAUCCUUCUUUAGCAACAAUAUCUAACCGAGGAGAAGGUACAUUAAUAUCAAUUACUUUUGACUGCGCAGUUUUUAAAUAAUCAUCUACAUCUGUGAAGUCCUUUUCGUCUUCACUUUCUUCGUCUUCACUGUCAUCAUCUUUCUAAAUACAUAUAUAUUCAUGCCAAAAGAGAUAGAAAAUGGUGGUGGGAACAACACAAGUUGCCAGCGUAUAAAAAAGCAAGUUACAGGCGAGACAGUACUUGUACAGCUAACAUCGGAGUGCUUGUUCAGAUAUUUAAAACGAAAACUGUAUCUCUGGAACACUAUCACCAGCGGAAGUUCACAAUAUCAAAUUUCCUUAAAGUUGAAAUUAAAAAAAACCUGGUUCAUUUUGCUAAAUUCAUUAAAAAAAAGACUAUAAGUUCAAAUUCUUCCGAUUUGUUUUAAAUUUUGUAUACAAUUAACUUCUCUAAAUUUAGGACAGACGCACGAUUCAUAUAAAUACACAUUCAGUUAUUUGACUGUGUUUAUAAAACAAACUUCCGUUUUUAUUUUAAAAAUGGGCAUUAACCCGAUGAAGUGGAAAACGAGAAACAUAUUAUAUUCUACCUUAGCGCUAUUCAUUUUUUACAUAUUUUGUAUAUAUAAGAAAAAGCAUCAAGUAAUUUUUGAAGGUAUCGUUCAAAAUUCGAAUCCCAUACACGUUUGGGAGUACGUAGCCGAUUUCAGUAAUAUGAAGAAAUUAAAUCCAACAAUAGAAGAGUUUAAUGUGAUCGCAGAUAGUGGUAAUUAUGAUCACUGGAAAUAUUCGGUUGAAUAUACAGAACAUUUAAGUCAUAUACCAAUUAUUCGAAAUGUUGCACAAGGACAUUAUACUAUACGGCGAGAUAAUGAUGGUUAUUUGAUCACUUCAAAACAUCAUACAUGUUUUUUCUCUAAAUUCGGAUGCUUGGAAUCAAUUUCACAAUUCAGAUUCGAUCGAGACGGUGUUAACGACACGAAGUGCAUUGAAACGGUGCAAUAUGAAUGUCCGAUCAUAUUUUCGGAAUUGUGUUAUAGAGAAGUGAUGUAUCAACGAGAAGAAAUUCUUAAUAGAUUACAAUUAGAAUUUUCAACUAGAAUUAAGAACGAAAUAAAUGUCUAAAUAUUUUUCUAUGUACUUUUUAAUGUUAAGCCGUACAUCAUUUUGACAUAAUUAUUGUAACAAAUAUAUAAUUUUGAUAAAUA